UUCUAUUUAAAUAAGUAGAAUAAAAACUCUUUAUUUUCACAGAAUGAAGACAGGUUUCGCCCGUUUUAAGCCAUAACCAUUAGUAGCAAUUUUUUCAUACUAUGUAUUCAAUCUACGAAAUGCUACGAUGGAAAUUUGCUUUAGAUUGACGAUGACCUGGAUAAUACUGAAUUAAAAGUCACAAAUUUAACUUGUCCAGAUGUUUUAAGUACCUGCCGACGUAAUUUUAAUGGUUCCUUUUAUGCAUAAAUUACACAAAUGAUGAUAAAUGUAAACAGCGAAUCCAAUAUAUUGCGUGUAAGUCACACCAUGAGGCAAGAACAUUUCUACUAUAAAUGAAUAAGAGUAAACAUCGGGAUGGGAGCGUCAAAGAACAUUUUGCUUCUCAUCUUGACUCUAUGUUGCUGUAACUGUAAAAGUUUGUCAGUUCUUCAAAAUUCGACAGUCAAAAACGAAACAGCUUUCGUCGAUAGUGUAGCUAUCGAAAUAACUUUUAACAACAAGACGGCUUUGCCACAUGACUCAAUCAAGCUUGAAUGCGAUGUUGAGCCAAAAUCAGCUGUUGAGAGUGUAGUUUGGUAUAAAGAGGGAAAGAUCGUUCACAACAGCAGACGAAUGACACUCGACAAGAAUUUGUUGGCUAUCAAUGAAACGUUGCAGAGUGACACUGGUUAUUACACGUGUUCUGUUUAUAGUACUUCCGGCAACCACAACAUGACUGCUUUUUUGACAAUUUUGGAGUCCGAGCAAGAAGACGAUAACGAACCUUUAGGAUCUGGAACAUCUAAAGAGCCGAAUCGAUGUGGAGCACCGAAGACUAAUCUAUAUUCCGAUUGUGGCCAGGCAGUUUUUCCCAAUUGCCAAUCUUUUGCUCCUCCUGUGGAUAAAAAUACAAUCAAAAUAAAUAUGAGCCUUAGCUCAUUGAGUUUUGAUCCAAUAUUGGUGAAAAUUCAUGUUCAAUGGGAGAUUCCGAGAGCAGGAAACUCUGAUAUCUGGGGAUGGCAAAUGACUGUUACUGACAUUGGCAGGUAUCCUGGUAUCUAUAAAUGUCAACAAAUUAACAAGAAGUAUUCUAAAUCAAUGAACGGCGCAUACUACGUUGAUUACGUUAUAACAGACGUGGCUCUUGAUACACUAAAGUUGUUGCGCAUUCAGAGUCUCCCAGCCAUGGCAGAUUCAACAGCAGCGGAGAAGACGAUUACAACAGCAGCUCGCUGUCACAUCAUUCCAGAUUUACCUUGCUGUUAUCAAGCAAAAAACAUCGUCGUGAAACAACUUAAUUCAACGAGUGUUUCUUUGACAUGGAAUGAUAUGAACAAAACAACUCUUCAUUUGGGAAAGUUAAAAAGUUUUUUCUUAAAUUACAAUUCUUCCUCGUGUCACGAAAGCACAAUCGUUGUAAAUGCACAGACGGCAAUGAAUAAUUCCCAAAUAAUCAUCAAUGAUCUUAAACACCACUGCAGAAGGUAUACCAUCCAGGUUACACCCAUUUUUAGUGAUGAUUGGUGUGCGUUGUGCAAAUCAACAUGCCACGCAGAUUUCAAUAAAGGAAUACCUUCUACCAGAAAAACGUUUGAAAUGAUUUCAAAUGCAAAAGUGAAUUAUCACGUUAAGAAUGCCACCAUGAAUAACUUGUAUAAACCUGUAAUUAUUGUGACUGUCGUUCUUAUUGCUACUAUUUUACUCGUGUUGGUCGCUAUUUUUCGCAAGAAAAAAAAAGAUAAAAAAAAGAUGAUCAUAAAGUCGAUGACAAUACCUGAAAGGAAACUAGUGACGAAAGUUUUUAUCAUUCACGGGAGCCACUGCGAAGGUUGCGAAGAUGUGGCAAUUGCUCUUGCUACGUAUUUGAACUUAACAGGCUAUUGCGAAUGUUCCCUUGAUCUUUGUGCACAUCCGAACGAUUGGUCCCAGGGUACUAUGCAAUAUUACGAAAAUAGCAUUGCAGUUUGCUCAAAGGUCAUUGUACUGUUUACUGUCAACAAGAACCUUCAAUGGGAUGAUGGCGUAAAAGCGAGAAACUUAAUCUAUCAAGAGAAUUUAAUUCGCUCUGAGAUUAAGUCGAAUAACAAGACCAAAAAGUUCAUCCCUGUUUACGUGGAUCCCUUGUCCGACGGUGAUCUUCCUCUCUUCAUACAAAACAAGAAGUCGUUUUCGUUACCGUCCCAGCUCGCAGACCUCAUCUUCUUUAUCAUUGAGGAGCCCAUGUGUAAACCAUUGCCCAAUUGCUCGAAGCAGUCUCUUCAGGAAGACAUGAACCUUGUUACGCAGAGGAAACUUUUUGAAGUCCAGAUUAAGAAUCUAAAUGCCAAGCAUCAUAAGAAACUUAAAAGCAUCAACAACAAUGCACUUACAGCUGAGAUUGCUUUGUUAUGACGAAAAAAUCUGUAUUUGAGUAAUGGGGCUGAUCAGGUUGAACAGGAAGAAUUUUAAUACGUUGAAAAGAAGAGCAAUCGUCAUGUUCUGUGUAAUCUGUGGCUAAUUUCAUUCGUGCAAAAACAAUUCGUUUUCCCAUGUCAAUUCUGAGAAAUUAGAAUAUUUUACAAAAUUGGAAAUUGCUUUAGAAUUUUAACUAAACGAAAGUAACUUUCAAUUUCAUAUUUUUAAUAAAGUACAUAUUAAACCAUCACAGACACUGUUAA